GUCGAGGGCUCUUAGUGUCCUGCCGGAGCUCGCGCGGGUCGCACGGCGCUAGGUCACGUCGCGUCGUCUCGAAGUUCCUCUAGGCGUCGCCCGGAUCCCCCUCCCCCCUGCCGAGAAGAUGGCGCUUCUGGCCAACACGAAGAGCGAGGCGCGGCUGACCAUCUCUAGGUGCUGCUGCCUCUCCCUCAAGACCACGGCGCUCAUCGUCGUUGCCACGGAGACGCUAUUUAUACUUAUGGCAAUAGUCUUCAUGGCCAUCGCUAAGGCUAUGAUGCCGGGCUUCCCACUAAUUCUGUCGCACUUCGUUGUUUUGGAACUCGAGCUGCUCAUUCAGCUCAUCAUGUCCUGCGUUCUGCUCUAUGGUAUUCUGAAGAAGCGUCGGGAGCUGGUGAGGGCGUGGGUGUGGGUGCGGGGCGUGUGCUUCUUCACCGAGUUCCUCAUGGGCACUCUGUCCAUCCUCAUCAUCCAGCUGUGGAACGUCGGCCUCGUCCUGCUGCUUCUCUCCCUCAUCGCCUUCGGGAACAUGCUGCUCAUCCGCUCCUUCGGAUUCCACAUGCAACAGCGCGAGUCGGGGGGUGAGUCGGAGGUCGUGAGUGUGGAGGACCUGGUUAAGACAAAUCCUGACUCGAAGUGAAGGAUUUUAUAUCAUGUAUGUCUGUAUUUAAUCCCCCUGUAUUCACCUGUUAAGGUUAGUUGGCUGUAGUGAUGUCAACGGUGAUGUAUUUGCAAAUAUAAUGUUAUAAUAAAAUUCUAAUAUAAGAGUA